AAUCACUCAACCCAAAGGGUUUGGGAACUCUAUAUAACCUAGGUUACCAGCAUUCCUAGACAACAAUAUACUGCUAAUAACCAGAAUGGCACAGCAUUCCGAAGACCAGAUGUUCCAGGGCGUGAUUGACGAAAUUCCUUUUAUAUCGGUUGAUUAUUUUCUAGACGUACAAUCAUCUCUGGCUUUAUUCCUUUCUCAUUGUCAUGCUGAUCACAUGAAAGGACUGGAUUCACAUGAUUUGUAUCAAGCUCUGCAGACUAAACCUGGUGUCUUCAUCUAUUGCAGUGAAAAAACAAAACAAAUUCUUACUGAAUGGCCAACCUACUCAAAGCUAGGUCGCUACCUUAAAGCAUUGGAAUUGAAUCAUACCAUCAAAAUAGAUUUUCCUGGUGAUUCUUGUAACGGUAAUGUGAGCACAACUUUUUGUGUGACAACAAUUCCAUCUGGCCAUUGUCCUGGCAGUGUAAUGUUUUUAUAUGAAGGUUCUUUUGGCACUAUCCUCUAUACUGGUGAUUUCAGGAUAGCUAAGGGGGAUUGCAGAAAGUUGCAAGCCUUCAUGUCAAAUCCUUCAAGACCAGAAUAUGGACUGAAAACUAUUGAUCAUGUUUACCUAGACUGCACAUUUUGUUCAGAUAGUGCAAAAAUAUUUCCAUCCAGACAAAUAAGUGUUGAUGUGACUAUAGCUUUAGUCAGUAACUGGAUUUCUAAAAGUCCAGAACACAAGGUAUUAUUCUCCCUUGCUGGGCGAGGUUUUGGUGCAGAAUUUUUAUUUGUUGAAGUGUAUCGGAGACUGAAUAUUCAAGUUCACAUAUCAGAAUUUAAACAUAAAAUCUACAAAAAUUUGACUGACCUAAGAAACGCCAUAAGUCGUCAGCACACGACCAGCGUUCACGCGUGUGGUGAAGGCACGGUGUCAGCAAAAAAACAGUCGCUAUGUUUUAAAGACUCUGAAAAGUUGCUCACGAUUCGACUAACAACCCAAUGGCAUCUAAUGGAGGGGAAAAACGUCGAUCACAGAGUAGUUGUUGACGAAGGCGGAAUCCAACGAGUACUCUAUUCCAUGCAUUCUUCGCUUGAGGAAAUUCAAGAUGUGGUAAACACCCUUCAACCGCAUAAAGUUACACCCAUCGCCAAACCGAACAAAGUGUCGAAAGAAAAGAUGCAAGAACUUUUAAAUUGUAAAGUUAUUUUACCCGUCAACCGGUUCCGCUCGCGUGAGAAUGAAGAUUAUUCCUAGGUUGACGGGUCAUAUUCCAGUGCAACAGGGAAAAACAGGGAGCUUGAGUAUACAUGGACAUCAAGCAAUGAUCCAAAAAAAUUUUCGAUAUUGUUUGAGAAUUUAACUGACUAACUAUUUGACCAUCUAUCAAGUUGUAU